AUGGAGGUAAAACUCACCUUCACCGCUGCACUGUUCGGAGGUUGGGAUUUGCAGUUUGAAGUUGCAUUAGCUCAUCGGGGAUACGAUCAAGAACAUCCAAGCCCGUCAUCCAGCAAGCAGCCCAAGCAUACGAUCAAAUCCCCAGUCGACGAAUCACUCCAGAGCUUCAAACUACUCCAAGCACUCAGGACUUCAGACACCGAAUCCAUCACCCACCUACUCUCAACCCAGUACUACCCCAAACACCAACCACAUCCAGCCACCCAACUCACCCCACUCCAUCUGGCCGUCCGCUGUGCAACCUACGAAAUUGCAGAAUUGGUUCUAGCCAACUCACCCGCUAAUGUCCUUACCUCACAAGAUUCAUCUGGACAAACUCCACUUCAUAUCGCAUGCAACCUCUCCAGAGCCGAUCUCGUCACCCUCUUGCUCGCCCAUCCCCAGGCAGACGACUCGAUUCGCGACCACCAAUCUCGUACCUGCUUAGAAGUCUGUAAGACGGCUCAAGUAGCUAAACUCAUCCAAGCCGCUCGCGAUCAACUCAGUGCUAGCUUCCUAGCCCUUCUUUCAGCAUACAUAGCCUCCCCUCAAUCAUCGGUCGUCUCCUCCUCAUCCCUCACCACUACUCAAUCGACUGGCAAUAUCUCUGACGUCAUCCCUGCGUCCACCGCCAUCAACAACCACGAAUCGGCUGCUGAUCAACUCUAUAAGUUCAUGAACCUACCCAGGUGCAAGUCGAUCGACUUCAACUUGAGAGAAGAGCAAACUGGUACCACUCUGCUUCAUGAAGCCGCGAAACGCAAGGAUAUCCAUCUGAUCAACCUGGCCAUCUCAAGAGGCGCAGAUGUCCUGGCCAGAGACAAAAGAAACAAGAUGCCGAUAGAUGUGGCGAUUGACGAAAAAGUUAAAGUCAUCUUGAGACAAGCUGCGUCCACAGAAGGCCAGGCCUUAAAAGCAAGCUCCCACGGAAAAGCCUGGAGUCCAGAUACCCACCAAUCAACUUCAACUUUUCCCAACUAUCCAAAUGCUCCAGCCAUCACUUCAAGCGGUCCCCUCACUCAGCCCACUCUCAAAGGUUAUCUAAGCAAGUGGACCAACAUGGCUCGUGGCUACAGUACCCGCUGGAUCGUAUUGGAAAAAGGUUUCCUCAGUUAUUACCGUGACGAAAAUGACGAAGGUAAGACUUUAAGAGGUUCGAUUGCGAUGUCGGUGGCUAUCGUGGUGGGUCCAGACGUGACCAAAGAUAAACUUCGAUUCGAGGUCUCCUCCAAACUAGGCAAUUCGUACCCGCGAUUUUAUCUGAAAGGUGCCCAUCCCUUAGAAGUGAUGAGGUGGGUAGACGCGCUGAAACAAGCCAUCGAAGUGGCAAACCAAACCUCGUCACCGUCCCACGAAAGAGGGCUCUCUCGCAAAGCAUCGGCUCCUCUUGGCAACGCUGACAAACGCAAUUUCGUCAGUCGCCAUCUGCGCCACUCGCGGCACAUUCCCAGCACUGGUUCGGGCUCAACCCGUCGCAAGGCGUCCAUGGCCGACCCCUCAGGUCGCCUUCGUGGUAACACCACCGAUCCCGACUCUCCUCCGCGUAGUGUCUUUGCACACUCAACCUCCGAAGAUGAUGAUGUCUCCCGCGCCGACAAGUCUCAACCGCCGUUUGAGAACGAGCUAGACCUGCUCGUCCAAAGCCUCAAAGCUCACAUCGAAAUGACUGACCAACUCGUAAAUUCUCUCACAAUCCCCUCUGGGGCCCCAACCCCACCGCUAGAGUCUUCUGUGAACAGCGCCCCCGCCACGGCCGUCGAUGAAACUGCAACCACUUUCGCAGCUGCAUCUCAGCGCCAGACUGAAGUCAAGCACGCCUUGAAGCGCUCAGUGGAAGACCUUAGUGUGAUGUUCGAUGACUAUAUUACGAAGAUCAACAAAAGAGAAAAGUACCACAUUCGGCGCUACGAAGAAGAAUUGCAAGCCAAGAGGUUGUGGGAAGAGAAUAUGCAGGCCCUGUUGGCCUCUCAAGCUGAGAUGGAGAUGCAAUUGCAAUCAGUGGCACGAGAUAGCAGUCGUAGGAAGAAACAGCUCAAAUCACUCAGAGCCGGGAUCAAUGAAAGUAAUGCGGCCAUCAAUACUAGCAAUUUGGAAGUCAAUGCAACUGCACACGUGUCUGAAAAAUCAGAAGACAGGAAGCUAAGCGGAACGCCUGCACACUCCACCAGCCGUCCAGCAUCUGUAGCACCCACUCGACUCGAGGAAAUCUCGGAUUCCAGCUCUGAAGACGAGGACGAGGAUGAUGAGUUCUUCGAAGCAAUCGAGACGGGCGCAAUAGCUGUCGAGCCGAUGUCGGUCACCAAAACCGAGGCCUCCGAACGCAUCUUGCCCGAAUUCGACAUCGAAGCCCUCAGGGAAGGCUACGAGACCAAACGGACUACGCUGCCCAUUACCGCGGAUGACAGACCUUCGGUGUCCCUCUGGGGCAUCCUGAAGAACUCGAUCGGCAAAGACUUGACCAAGAUCUCGUUUCCCGUUAGUUUUAACGAACCGGUUAGUAUGCUUCAGAGAAUGGCUGAAGACAUGCAGUUUUCAGAAUGCCUCGAUGCAGCUGCUGAGCAACCAGAGUCAUUGGUCCGAAUAGCCUAUGUGGCGGGUUUCGCCAUGAGUAAUUACUCAAGUACCGUGGGCAGAUUAGCCAAGCCUUUCAACCCUCUCUUAGGUGAAACGUAUGAAUAUAUUGAUCCGGAUAAAGAGUUCCGCUACCUUUCGGAGCAAGUCAGCCAUCAUCCUCCCACAAGCGCAUGUUAUGCCGAGUCUCCACGAUGGUCGUACUAUGGGGAAACAGACGCCAAGAACAAGUUUACCGGAAAAUCGUUCGAAAUCAAGCCGACAGGAGUCGCCCAUGCGGUCCUCAACAUCCCCAAGACCUUCGAAGGCACAGAGGAUUAUCCCCCGUUCAAGAGGAACCCUAAUCGAGUUGAGGAGCAUUACAGUUGGAAGAAGGUGACGACGGUCGUCAGUAAUUUUCUCAUGGGGUCGCCGACGAUCGAUCACUAUGGAGAUAUGGAGAUCACCAACCACCGAACCAAAGAGAAAUGUAUACUGACUUUCAAGCCUCGAGGAUGGAGAGGAAAAGAUGCCAACGAGGUGAAAGGAAGUGUGUAUGACAAGAACGGGGAAUUGGUGUGGGAGUUGGCAGGUAAAUGGACUACCCAACUGAUUGGCCGACGCGCAGGGUCAGCGAGCGGCGAUCUCGGGCCAGACGAGUCGGUGACGGCGAACCGAGGACGGGAGUAUCUGCAACUGUGGAAGAACGGGGAACAGCCAGGGAACAUGCCAUUCAACCUGACGACGUUUGCGAUGACGCUGAAUGCGAUGAACGGGCGACUGAAGCAGUUCCUGCCGCCAACGGACUGUCGUCUACGGCCGGAUCAACACGCGUUUGAGAAGGGCCAAUGGGAGAAAGCCAACGAGCUUAAAAUUGCGCUCGAGGAGUUCCAGCGUGCCACAAAGAAACGCCGCGAGCUCGGCGAGCUGCCCCCGCAUUCCCCUAGAUGGUUCAUCCAGGUCGACGAUCCAGACUCCGGCGAACUCACAUGGGACGCUAUACGUUCCCCCGAUAACGGCGUCUCGAUCCUCUAUUGGGAGGAACGUAAACGCGUAGGCUCGGCGCGGAAACAGAACCAAGAGGUCGAGUGGACCGAUGUGACUCACAUUUUCGGAGAAUUUGAAUCAGUUGAAACCGACUGUUGA